GUCUGGCGGAGGCAAAUGUUUCCUUGGUUGAAGCCAGAUCAGUUUGCAACGGUUGUGUAUGGAUAUCUCAAUACAGCUUCAUCUCGCUAUGCCAUCGUGCUACACCUAAACACAAUCUAGCUUAAAUGUCUGUACUCGGGAGGCACUGCAUUCACAAUACUUUAAUUCCCGGCGAGGAAGAAUUUGGCGAACCUGAAGUGAAACAAAGGAAUGUAUUGAGCGUGUUGUUGUUUGCGCGUCACUGGAUGGAAUGGCAUAUUUGCUCUACAGCUUUCUUUUGUUGGGCAGUGGAGCGCUUUUAUUCUUCGCGCCUGUUUGCGCCAUUUGCCCUGAAACAUGCGACUGCCAGCAAGCGCAGCAUAUACUCUGCGCUAAUAGCGGUCUGCGCACGGUGCCCAAAGCGCCACAGGUGGAGCACGCAGUGGACGUGCGGGUUCUCGGUCUUGCGGGGAACUUCAUUCACAACCUUAGCGCCUUCGACUUCAUGCGCUAUGGCAACCUAAUGAGACUUAAUCUCCAGUUUAACCAAAUAAGGAAUAUACACCCUAAAGCAUUCGAGAAACUUUCCAAACUGGAGGAACUAUAUCUGGGCAACAACUUAAUCUCGGCAAUACAACCUGGGACUCUACAGUCGUUGAAAAAACUCACAAUAUUAUAUAGCAAUAACAACGAAAUAAAGGACAUUGCUUCCGAAUCCCUUAGUCACUUAAAUAGUUUAGUCAAACUGAGACUUGAUGGAAAUUCUAUUGAAUUUUUAAAAGAAUCCGUUUUCAAAGGUCUGCCAAAUUUAAUGUUUCUGCACUUAGAAUCGAACCAGCUUCGCCAUAUUGACCGCAAUGCGUUUUCGCGGCUCAGCAAACUGCAGUUUUUAAACCUAUCAGACAAUAAACAAACAGAACUGCGAGAUAGUUUUAUGUUUUCCCAUCUUAAGUCACUUACAUCUCUUCUAAUAACAGGCAACCAAAUAAGGCACAUUGGAAAUAACGUCUUUCAGAAUUUGAAAAAGCUAACAAAACUUUCGCUGAGCCACAACAAGAUAGUAGAACUGGACAACGACGCGCUCAAAGGGCUCGCGCGCGUUAAAGAAUUCGAGAUUGACAAGAACGAGCUAACAGAGAUCCUGGCCGGUCUGCUGGACCCGCUCGAGCGCGUCGAACACCUCGACUUCAGCGACAAUCACAUAUCUCGCGUGGACCCCCGUGCUUUCGGCCACCUUUCACAUCUAAAAACCUUAAAAUUGAAAAACAACCGUCUUGAGAAUCUCUCCGGUGGAAUUUUCGCCACAAACGGCGUUUUGUUUCACGUAGAACUGAAUGGGAAUAACUGGACGUGCGACUGCCGGAUGGAGAAGUUUAAAAGCUGGAUGACGCAUGCGCAUUCUCUGGGAAAGCUGUUGACCGUGUUUGUGCGCUGCCAUCACCCCCCAGCGCUGGCGGGAAAAUACAUGGACUAUGUCAGCAACUCGCAGCUGAGAAAUAUGAGUGGCUAUUGCGAGUCAGAACCUCUGUCUCAGCCAAUGGAGAGCCAUGGAGCGGUAGCAGAGACAUCUAUUCUCAAGGAGGAAAGAGAGAAGCGAGAAGGAGAAAUACAUGAACAAGUUGGGGUCCAAGGGGAUGAGGGAGAGCAAGGGAUUGAGACAACAUUUGAAAGAAAGAAGAAGAGGAAACUUGUCAGCUCAAGACCAAGACCCACAGCUGGGAAAAAUGUCUCUUUAACUGAUUUUCCCACAACAAUGUCCACGUUCCUGACAGGCCACACCAACUUUGCUUUAGCCCAACAGGAACAGUUCAACCUGCCCUUACAGGACAGUGCCAAGCAUCAUAACACAAGAAUCGCAAUGAUCACUGAUGCAUGCCAAUUCAACCAUGACUCCAUCCUGAAUGUUAGCGUGGAAGACGUCACUUCUAGUACAGCCACAGUCCAUUGGAGCACAACUCCUGAUGUUGGACUGGUUCAUGGGAAAGAACUUCUUUUCCGGGUUUUAUUUGACCGUUUCGGCCAUUCUUUCCGUUUCCCACGCUAUGUUUACACAGAUGGAUCUGACCGGGUGGUGACCCUACAAGAGCUUCGCCCCGACUCCACCUACAUCACCUGUGUGGAGAGCGUAGUGGACGGGGCUGUGUGCCAGGUUGCCCCCAGAGAUCACUGCACUGGAUUUGUCACACUUUUGCCCUCGGUGACAAGUGAGGUCAACCUACAGCUGGUCACAGUAGCAGCCCUUACAGCUAAUGCUCUGCUUCUGCUUCUGGUGUUCGUAUUCUGGUUGGGGCGUGUGUUGAAGAGGCGGAUCAGAAGCAGGAAGUCGUCCGCUCACGGACAUGUACGUCACAUGUACUCAACCAGACAUCCGUUUCGCUCGACUGUGGCUACUACCUGUGUCUCUUCUGAAUUCAGUGGUUACCAAAGUGGGAGACAACUGGCUGAAGAAGGUGACCUCAUCCAGUUCCCUGGCGAACGUUUCUUUGACAACAGCCCCGCACGAAGAGAUGAUGAUGUCAUAAUGCUCAGAUACUCUGACUGAACUGUCUUGUGUGUCUGAAAA